ACUAUGCCUCAAAUAUGGGGGAGCGCAAUAAAAAGGCAUGCUUGGCGUGCAUACAUCCUUUUGUGAUUCCAAAACACAAAAACCUUUUUUGUACCAAUAACUGUUUAAAAGAGACCUUUCAAAGAACACUUUAGUAGCAACCAACAACAACAACACUUUGUUCAAAACCAACCAGUGACCACACCACAACAGAACACACACAACACUCUUCUUAUUUUUGCAUUGAGUUCAUUCACUUCUUCAAACAAGUCAACUUCUCAAUAAGCUAGCUAAACAAGCAAUAAUGUCUAAUAUGGUUGAGGUUAGAGUGCCAAAUCUUGAUUGUGAAGGGUGUGCUUCAAAAUUAAAGAAAGCUCUCUUCAAACUUAAAGGAGUAGAUGAUGUAGAAGUUGAAAUGGAGGCACAAAAGGUAACAGUCAGAGGCUAUGGUUUAGAAGAAAAAAAAGUAUUGAAAGCAAUCAAACGUGCAGGGAAAGCAGCAGAGCCAUGGCCAUUUCUACCGGGCCAUACUCAUUUUGCUUCAUUUUACAAGUAUCCAAGUUACAUUGUUAAUCAUUAUUAUAAUGAUGCAUACAAAAGUGAAGCAACAAAUGGAGUUCAUACUUUUUUUCAUACCCCUUCUGUUUAUUCAGUUGCUGUUGCAUCUGAUGAGGCUUUUGCUUCAAUGUUUAGUGAUGAUAACCCUCAUGCUUGCACUAUAAUGUAAACUAGGUUAAUAUUAAUUAAUUUUCUUUUUUGUAUUUUUUUUUUAAAUGAAGAUGAAGAGGUGAAAGUUGAGUGAGGUAUGUUUUUGCACUUCAAGGGAAUCUUAUGAAGUGUUUUGAGUUUGUUCAUUGGAUGACUUUAUUUAUUUCAUACUCGUUCUGUUUCAUUUGAAA